AUGAGAGUAACACCACUUCUGGCACAAGUCACUGCUCUGGCCAUGCUCAGCGGUCAUUGUGUGCUGGCCGAGUGCACCAGGGAAAGUCUGCUGUCUGAGGCGGCUGCUUACAUUACAGCCCAGACCGCCGGCAAGACCGACGGAUUGAAGAUGUCUGCCACAAACUUCACGUACCGAGAGAACAACAAAGUCGUGGACAUCAAGCGCGGGGUAAUCAACCAGCCUCUCAAGAUUGAUCUCAACAGAAGCACCGCCGACACUGUUGCGUGCGCAAGCUACACUAUGCUCAUAUCCACUUCUGGAUCAAAGCCUUAUGUGCUGGCUACACAGAUUCGUCAUGACGACAACGAUAUGAGCUCCAUCGCCAUGAUUGAUACCAUUGCCGCCACAACGGGAUCACUCUUUUUCAACGCCAAAAGGACCCUCAGCCUCAUCCAGCAAGAAACCUGGACGCCCCUUGAAGAAAGUCAGAGGCCGAGCCGAGAGCUGUUGAAGAAAGUGGGGGACGCCUACUUGGACAUGUGGACAGAUAAGAACGCUGCAGAUUCCAUUCCGUGGGGCACACAAUGCGAGCGCGUGGAGGGUUCUCAGUUAACGAAACCAUGCGGUGUCUCGCUCCCGCGCGGAGGCAGUGCGAAGAACAACGGUAUGCGACGGUACGUCAUCGACGAAGUCAUUGGGUCUGUUGAUGUAUUGUGUUCCUUCGACUCUCUUGGUAGUCUGCCAGACAGUCACGAGAUUCGGGUGGAAGACGGCAAGGUGAAAUAUGUACAUACUGUCACGGUUUAA